AUGAUUAUAUUGAUUCUUGAUAAGUGUAUGAAGUUGGUGGUAAAUUCAAAAACUGCAGUUUUAAAUUUGGUUUUAUUUUAUCUGACUAAAAGUAUAAAAAAUAUGGGAGUAUGCGUAGUAAAACAAUCAGCUAAAACCAAUUUAGCUAUUGCAGUAACUGAUGCAAAUGACUCAGUUGAGGUUCAAGAGCAGAGACGAAGGCUGCUUAUUGUCAAAGCCAAAAGAGCUCCUUCUUUGAAACUUGAUCAGAAUGCACUAUACAAUCGGCGAAGGGUGAGUCACGAAAUUACAGGACUAGAGCUAUCUCAAAUUAGUGCUCUAAAAUAG